GCGCAGGCCGCGACCACCUGCCCCACCGAGGACGAGAUCUCACCGUGCCGGUGCAGUCUGAGGGGAGACGAAAUUCAGAUUUGGUGCAGCCACAGCGAGCUGCCCUCCGUGCUGGCCGCGCUGCGCAACGUGGCGCGCCUGCUGCCGACGCGGCCGCUGGACGAGCUCAUCCUGGAGAACAACGCGUGGACCUCGCUGGGCGGGGCGGCGCUGGCGGGGCCCACGGGGCUGCGCGUGUCCAGGCUCAUGCUGCGCGACAACGGGCUGGAGACGGUGGCGGCCACCUGGCUGGCCGGCCUGGAGGACUCGCUGCUGGAGCUGUUCCUGGUGGAGCCGCUGCUGCGCGCCUUCCCGGACGACUCGCUGACGCCGUUCAAGCGGCUGGAGGCCGUCACGCUGCAGUGCGGCGAGAUGCAGCGGCUGCCGCGCCUGGCGGGGCUGCCGCGACUCCGCUACGUGCUCGUGCAGUCCGCCAUGCUGUGGGAGGUGCCGCCGGGGCACCUGGCCAACCUGCCCUACCUCGAGCAGCUGCACGUGGUGAGUUCGCCGCGCCUGGCCUCGCUGGACGCGGGCUCGGUGAGCGACCUGCCGCGCCUGUCGGCCGUCAACAUCUCGGACAGCGGGCUGACGUGGAUCCACCCGCGCGCCCUGCAGCGCCUGCCCGCGCUAGCCGAGGUCACGCUGCGCGGCAACAAGCUCUCCGACGCCGCCAUGGUGGGCCGCGCGCUGCACGACCUGCCGUCGCUCGCCGCGCUCCGGCUGGACGACAACGCCCUCGAGAUCCUGCCGUCCGCGUCCUUCGCCGACCUGCCCGCGCUGCGGGAGCUGUCGCUGGCCGGCAACAAGAUCAUCGAGCUGCAGCACGGCGCCUUCCAGAGGCUGCCCGCCCUGCGCAACCUGGACUUGAGCCGCAACCAGGUCCGCGUCAUCCACCCGGAGGCCUUCCUUCACCACUCGACGUCCAACCUGGACCAGCUAUACCUGCAGGAAAACUCCCUGGACUCGGCCGACGCCGUCCGCGCCGUGCUGGAGUCCUUGCCACGGCUCCGCUUCCUGGACGUGUCCGACAACAACAUCGUUGAGAUCGGCAUGGGCGCGCUGGGCCGCGGGCACGGGUCGCUGGAGAGGCUGCACCUGGACCGCAACCGCGUGCACCGCGUGUUCCGGGACUCGUUCAACAACAUGCCGUCCCUGCGCGAGCUACGCCUGUCGCACAACAUGCUCAGCAACAACCUGGACCAGCCGUACUGGAACCUGCCCGCCCUCAAGGGGUUGGACUUGUCGUACAACCAGUUCCGGCGCUGCGACCCCCGGCUCCUCGCCAACCUGCCGUCGCUGCGCCGCCUGGACCUCAGCGGCAACAACAUCGCGCACGUGGACCCCGGCUCCUUCCUCAACACGCCCGCCCUGGAGCACGUCAACCUGAGCUCCAACGCGCUGGCCAUGCUGUCGCCCGCCACCUUCCGCAUGCUGCUCAACCUGUUCGAGCUGGACGUGGGCCGCAACCGCCUGAGCCACAUGGUGCCCGGCCUGCCGCCCGGCGUCGAGUACUUGCGCAUGGCCAUGAACCAGGUGACGGUGCUGCCGCCGCCCACGUCGCCCGACAUGAACCUGCCCGCGCUGCGCCUCCUGGACCUGUCCAACAACGGCCUGAAGCGUGUGUCCGCCGAGGCGUUCCGCCAGAUGCCGGGCCUGCAGCAGCUCAUGCUGUCCGGCAACGCGCUGCAGACCCUCGAGACAGGGUCGUUGUCCGGGCUGAACCGGCUGGAGCGGCUGGAGCUGCGCGGCAACCGGCUGACGUCGCUGCUGCCACGCAGCCUCCAGGACCAGCGGCUGCUGCGCGAACUAGACCUGCGCGGCAACCGCCUCGAGGUGCUGCCGGCCGACGUGCUGCAGGAGGCGUCCAGCCUGCAGACCCUGGACCUGUCCAGGAACCAGCUGGCCAGCAUCGAGCCCGACGCCAUGCGCGGCAACAGGAACCUGGAGGUGUUCCGCGCCUCGCACAACGCCCUGCCCAACAUCCCGUCGGCGCUGCUGCAGCUGUCCUCGCUGCGCGUGCUGGACCUGUCCCACAACCGCGUGCGCGAGCUGGCCCCCGGCGCGCUCGCCGCCCUGGCCGGCCUGCAGGAGCUGCGCCUCGCCAAGAACAAGCUGCGGGAGCUGCGCGCCGGCGCCGUGGAGCGGCUGCCGCGGCUGCAAGUGCUGGACCUGGACAGCAACGAGCUGCACAACCUGCAGCCGCGCGCGAUCCACUCGCUGCCGGCCCUGCAGCAGCUCAACCUGGCGCGCAACCGGCUGCAGACGCUGUCCGAGGGCGCGCUGAGCGACGUGGCCAACCUGAUGCAGUGCGACCUGCAGGAGAACCAGCUGUCCCAAGUGUCGGCCGGCGCCCUGGCCGGCGCGCCGCACCUGCUGCACCUCAACAUGUCCUACAACCAGAUCGCCGCCCUGGAGAACGCCGGCCUGCAGCGACUCCGGUCCCUGGAGGUGCUGGACCUGUCGCACAACCGGGUGUCCCGGGUGGCGGCCGACACGCUCGACGCCAUGGAGUGGCUCGUCGAGCUCAAGAUGGACAACAACCGCAUCUGCAACAUCCAGGGCGUGCCCUUCAACAACAUGCCCCGGCUGCGCGUACUCAGCCUCAACAACAACAAGAUGACGUCUCUUCCGGAGACCACGUUCCAGCGGCUGAAAAACAGCGUGGCUCAGCUGCAGCUCAACGGCAACCCGCUGUCCUGCUCGUGCGACCUGCUGUGGCUGCACUCGUGGCUGCUGGAGUCCGAGGCCGAGGGGCAGGCCGGCCAGGCCGAGCUGCAGGCGCAGUCCGCGGACGGCCCCCGCUGCGCCGACGGCUCCCUGGUCAAGGAGAUCCGCGUGUCCAGGGCCGAGUGCGACGCGGCCGCCAAGUCCGCCCCGAUGGCGGCGCGCCACCAGGGCAACCCCGCCUGCGACGCGGAGAUCAUCGACUUGCCGCCCACCAACGCCAUCGGGCCGUCGCAGAUCGUGUCCACGGCGCUUGAGGUCCGCGGGUCGACGCCCACGCCGCAGCAGAACGUGGCGCCGUCGCCGGAGGAGUCGGAGUACUUCUACGACGACUACGUCGAGUACCAGGUGGACGAAAACGCGACCGCCAUCAACAACGCCUCCUUGGUGGCCACGCCGGCCAACGUGCUGCAGCAGACGACGGCGUCGCUGCACCAGGCGACCGGCCCCACGACGACGAGCAAGCUGCGGCCGCCGGGAGGGCUGGGCCCCGGCAUGACCCCCGCCGACGACCCGAAGCGCAUGCCGCCCGGGCCGCCCGGGGCCGCGGGGGCGCCGGGCUCUGGGGGGCUCACGUUCUUCGGCAUCCCGCUCAAGAUGCCCUCCCUGAACAUCGGCGGCAUCUUCGGCCACGCCAGGGACGCGGACGGCAAACCGGUGGCCAGCCGGAACGGCGAGCUCGAGCACGGCAAGGCGCACGGCACGGUGUCGCGGGUGGAGCCCACCACCACGACCGCGGCGCCCUCCACGGCCACGGCCGCCAACAACCAGUACACCGUCACGGCGGCGGCGUCCACCACGACGGACCCCGCCAUCGAGGUGGAGCAGGCCGUCAUCUACAACCUGGGCGAGCUGGCGCACGUGAGCCAGGGGCGCACGCCGCCCAGCCCGGAGACGUCGCUGUCCGACAUCACCGCGUCCACCGUCGCCACGACCUUCUCCACCUCCACGGAGGAAGAGACCUACGACUGGACCACGGCGUCCCCCCUCCUCGAGCGCCCCGGAUCCGCCCUGUCCGCGCUGCUCGCCCCAGGGGGACAGCUGCCUGGGGUGCCGGAGACGCACUCUCACUCCCACUCGCGGUCCAGCGUGACGCGGGUGGCCAUGGCGCCGGGCUCGGGCGCCGGGCUGGCUCCAGGUCCAGCCCCCGGGCCCGCCUCCGACGACCCCCAGUCGGGGGCCAUCCCUCGCUCCGCCAAGGGGCCCCACUACUACUACGCCGAGGCACCAGGCCAAGUCAGUGGCACUCCGCAAAAGCAGAUUUCUCGAGAAACCCAUAACUGGUACUUCGAAAACUACAACCGCACCAACCUCCAGCCGUUUGUGGGGCCUGGAAGCGAGGCAUACAGUCGCAGUCGAAGCUCCAACUCCAGCAGCUCGUUGACAGCUCUUCACAUGGCCUCUUUUCUUCUGUGCAGCCUGGUCUCCACAGCAAGAAUGUGGCUGUGACAAGUGGCAGUGGCGAGAGGAUUUAGUAAUCAACCCCUAACGGCCUCUGGUUAAAAUCACGUGGGGGCAGUCACAUAGGAGCAGUGGAAAGUGCUCUACAACUGAACUGAGCAGCAGCAGCUUAAAUUUACUUUCCAACACCCUUCUUAGUACAAAUGCCAAAUUUGACCCAACUGACAAACCAACUUGAUAAAUUUUUGAAAGUUGGGAUUGAGUGCUUGAAAAAAAAAAAAAAAGAAAGCCAAAUUAAAAAAUCCAAAUUUUGUCAAAGCACUGGUUAUAACAAGCACAAACAAAGCAGAGAAAGAAAGAGAAUGAAUAAAAACGAUCUCUCAGUAUCAAACUUGUAAUCAUAUGCUUUUAUUUGAAUAAAACUGUAUUACAACAGAC